AUGCUAAAAAUUGAGGAAUAUGUUUGCAAUUUAAAAGAAUCUAAGACAUUAUUCAAUGAUGCUUUAAGAAUUGAUACACAUUAGUCAUCGGAGUCUUACGAUAAUACAUAAUUGUAUUAUAAUUUAGUAUUUACAUUAGUUAGAAUCCAAUCUAUAAUAUUGUACCACCUGAAUAUUUUUAGAGUGUAACAGAAAAUAAAUAUUCAAAUAUCUUUAGUUCUUAUAUUCAAUCUCCAAAACAUGAAGAACUUUAAUCAACUAUAAAAUAAGCACCUAAAAAAAGAACUUUUUCAUUUGCUGAAUCUUAAUAACUUAACAAGGAUCCUUCAUGCAAUAUUUCAGCUGAUUUUGGAUUAAAUAAUUAAAUACCUAUUAAAGGUGAUUUGAAAAACUACUCUAAAUUUAGUUAAGAAAGCAAUCUUAAAAAUAUUGAAACUCCUAACAAAGAUAGAUUUUAGUUAUAAGACUCAAUGUUGGUUAUGAAUAAUAGCAUACCUUAAUCAAAACUUAGUUCUCCAUAGAAGAAGUAUGUUAAAGUCCAAAAAUUUUAAAAUACAAAUUAUAGUUUCGAUGCAAAAUAAACUUAAACAACUCAGAUUACAAAUAUUAGUUUAAAAGACAAUAGAGAAUUUGAAUAAAUAUUUAAGGAAUGCUAAAAUAAUUUUGAAAAGAAUAAGGCAAGGAAAACAGAAGAAUACAUAGCCUGUAAUAUAUAAUGA